AUGGACAACACCACGUUCAACAGCACCUUCAACGCGACCUUUGGCAACAGCUCCACAAAUGGCACAUCAGACGGCUUCACUGCAACCCCACCGAAACCAUUCUGGACCAACUUGCUCCUUCCCGUACUAUACAUUGGCAUCCUCGUUGGAUCCCUCCUCACAUUCUCCUCCACAUACCGCAAACGCCAAUUAUCCAAGCAGGCGCAACUGGAGAACUGGUUCCCCCCGCAUCGUCAAAGAAACAUCUACCUCAGUCUGCUGCAUUUGGAUCCYAAGGAGUCGAGCGAAGAGGGCGAGAAAUCGUUGAAGCAGGUCCCAGACUCCAUCUUGAAGGCCGCGUUGUUGAGGAGAGCAGUCGAGGAUAUUGAGCGCAUUGUCAAGCUACGCGCCAGCAAGCCUGCAUUACAAUCCUUGCUACAGAGAGGGAGUGUCGGGGAUGAACUCUGGCAGCGAUUUUUGAGGGAGGAAARGGAGAUGGAAGAGGAGGUUAAGGACGUUGUUUCAGAGGCGAACGCAUUUGUCCCCGGCUGGGGUCAAGUCAUCUUCCAAUCCGCCAACGAAAUCAACCAGAAUCGUCUCCUGAAAGAGCGCAGCGCGGAGAUUCAAGCCAAACUUGAGGGAGAGAAGAGCUGGUGGGAGCAGAAGCGUGCGGGAGCCAAGACGGAACUUCUCAGUGAGCUUGGGUUGGAGGACGACAGCGCAUCCGCGCCCCGCCCGCAAACGCCCAAGAAGACCAACAGUGAUGACGAGGCCGUGCUAGUCGAGGCGGACGUGGAGGGUCCUUCUGGCUCCAAUUCACAGCCUGGGAGUGCCAAGAAGAGAAAGGGCAAGAAGUAG